GUGGAAGCCCAUCGUAAGGAAGGCAGCGGAUAUGCAAAGCUAAGUAGAGAAAGGUAGGGUUUUUUGGAGGCUUAUACAUUCACUUUUAUCUUCUUCUUCUUCGUCGCUCGUUUCUCGUAAGACAGUGGAAAAAUGUUGGACAUCAAUUUAUUCAGAGAAGAGAAAGGCUUCAACCCUGAAAUUAUACGCGAGUCGCAACGGCGUCGCUUCGCCAGUGUUGAACUCGUCGACGAGAUCAUUAAACUCGACAAAGAAUGGCGCCAGCGUCAAUUUGAUCUAGAGAAUAUCCGGAAAGAGAUCAACAAGAUCAAUAAGGAAAUAGCUAAGCUCAAAAUUUCAAAAGAUGAUGCAACUGAGAUGAUUGCAAAGUCAGAUGAGGUCAAGCGAGCAACAGCAGACAAAGAAGUUGAAGUUCGUGAGGCAUGGACUGUAUUGAAAUCAAAGUUGGAAAUAGUUGGGAACCUCGUGCAUGAUUCGGUACCGGUCAGUGAUGAUGAGGCAAAUAACGCUGUGCUUAGAACAUGGGGAGAGAAAAGAAUAGAGCCAAAACUGAAGAAUCAUGUUGAGCUUGUUGAGCUUCUUGGAAUUGCAGAUUUGAAGAAAGGUGCUGAUGUUGCUGGGGGUAGAGGAUUCUACUUGAAAGGAGAUGGUGUUCGGCUUAAUCUAGCUUUGAUAAAUUUUGGUCUAGAUUUCUUGGAGAAAAGACAAUAUACAUCAUUACAAACUCCAUUCUUCAUGAGAAAAGACAUUAUGGCCAAGUGUGCUCAAUUAGCACAAUUUGAUGAAGAGCUUUACAAGGUUACUGGUGAGGGAGAUGAUAAGUACCUUAUUGCGACAUCUGAACAGCCUCUUUGUGCUUAUCAUAUAGAUGAUUGGAUCCAUCCUUCCGAGCUACCUCUAAGAUAUGCUGGAUACUCAUCGUGCUUCCGUAAAGAAGCUGGUUCACAUGGACGAGAUACUCUUGGAAUUUUUCGAGUUCACCAGUUUGAGAAAGUGGAACAAUUCUGCAUCACCAGUCCAAAUGGAAAUGACUCAUGGGAAAUGCAUGAGGAAAUGAUUAGAAACUCUGAAGAUUUUUACAAAAUGCUAAACAUCCCGUAUCAAAUUGUGGCCAUUGUCUCUGGUGCUUUGAAUGAUGCAGCUGCGAAGAAGUAUGAUUUGGAAGGAUGGUUUCCUGCAUCGCAAACCUAUAGAGAGUUGGUAUCAUGUUCGAACUGUACAGAUUAUCAAUCGAGAAGAUUGGAGAUUCGAUAUGGUCAGAAAAAGAGCAAUGAACAGAUGAAGCAAUAUGUGCACUUGUUGAACUCUACACUUACGGCAACAGAGAGGACUAUUUGCUGUAUCCUUGAGAACUACCAGAAGGAAGAUGGUGUUGAAGUACCGGAAGUCUUACAACCAUUCAUGGGUGGCAAGACCUUCCUGCCUUUCAAAGCAAAACCAGUUGCGGAAGACAAAGGUAAGAAAUCUAAGGCUUAGGCAUAUCCUCUACGAACAUUUUGGAAGACUAAUGCAGAUAGACUCAGAUGUUAAAGAUCUGCAAAAUCUGAUUAUUCUUAUUGGAAACAGUAAGAACUGAGUUAAAUUGUUGUGUAAUGAAUUGCCAAGAAGCGGGACAGCCUUAUUUUGUUAUGCAUGUCUUAAAAUUUUUUUAUUAUUAUUAAUACAAGAAGCUUGAAACUGAAAA